AUGGAGCGGCGGGCUUCUGGGAACUCGUGGCGCUGGUUGCUGGCGGCCUCGCUCUGCACGCUGCUGGAGCGCGGCGGUGCCUACCUGUGGGUGCAGCCGUGGGAAGACCACAGAGACAUUUGCCUGAAGCCACUCAUUGAAGGAGAUUGCGGAGACCAUAGUCACCGGUGGCACUAUGACAGAAUGACCCAGACUUGCAAGGAGUUUAUUUAUCACGGCUGCAAGGGGAAUGCCAAUAACUUCUUAAGUCAUGAAGCUUGCCACAAUAUGUGCAGCAAGAUCAAGAUACUACCUUUAGUAUGCAGACUGGAAGCUGACACAGGGCCCUGUAGAGCUUUACUAAAAAGAUAUUUCUUCAACAUGACGGAAAUGAGAUGCCAGCCAUUUUACUACGGGGGAUGUUACGGAAACGAAAACCAGUUUUUUGAAAGAAAAUCCUGCGCGAAAACCUGCACGUUCGCUGGAAUACUCCCCACGUUUUGCUAUAGCCCCAAAGAUGAAGGAGUCUGUUCUGCUUCAGUCACUCGCUUUUACUUCAAUGCAGACACAAGAAAAUGUGAGAAAUUCAACUAUACAUCAUGUGGCGGAAACAGCAACAACUUUCUCGAUGAGAAAUCGUGCAGGAAGGCCUGCAAAGGGAAACCGUCCGACCACAGAGACAUUUGCCUGCAGCCACUCAUUGAAGGAGAUUGCGGAGACCAUAUUCCCCGGUGGCACUAUAACAGAACGACCCAGACUUGCAAGGGGUUUAUUUAUCACGGCUGCAAGGAGAAUGACAACAACUUCUUAAGUUAUAGAGCUUGCAACAAUAUGUGCAGCAAGAUCAAGCAAGUACCUUUAGCAUGCAGAUUGGAACCUGACAAAGGGCCGUGUAGAGCUCUAGUAAAAAGGUAUUUCUUCAACAUGACGGAAAUGAGAUGCCAGGAAUUUGUCUACGGGGGAUGUUUGGGAAACAAUAACCGGUUUCUUGAAAGAAAAUCCUGCACGAAAACCUGCCUGUUCACUGGAACACGCCCCACAUUUUGCUAUAGCCCCAAAGAUGAAGGAGUCUGUUCUGUUUCAGUCACUCGCUUUUACUACAAUGCAGACACAGGAAAAUGUGAGAAAUUCAACUAUACAUCAUGUGGUGGAAACAGCAACAACUUUCUUGAUGAGAAAUACUGCAGGAAGGCCUGCAAAGGUCUGGGGAGAGAGACCCGAUGGAAAACGCACUUUGCACGCGCUCAAAGGCGCGCACUGGUGGCUCCUCCUCAGGUUUCAGGGCGAGCCCCGGCUUCUGGGAUCGCGGGUGGCUGGGGAUCGCUGCAGCCCAAGCCGAGCGUGAUAGAUGCACGCGCGCCCCCACGCCCCGCUCUCUCCCAGCAGAUCUCCCCUCCUCGCCGGCUCCCUCCUCCCCGCUCCUCUUCCUUAGGGAGCCCCUCCCCCGGUGACGGCCGCUGGUCGAGCUUCUGGACCAUUCAGCGGCGCUUUCCUGCAGCUGAGCGUGCGGCUCCUUUAAAGCCCGGGCUAAUCCGCCCUCCCUGCUUGGCUUCUUCAGCGGGGACCGGAGCUGCUGCUGCUGCUUCUCGCUGCGCGCUGGCCGCUCUUCCAGCCGCUUCUCUGCCUGCGCGGAGCGACCGGCCGCUUGCUGCUGGGUGUGCAAAGAGGGGCGGGGAAGCGCCUCUCUUCAUCCACGCCGGGAAGACAGCUGAGCUUGAUCUCUGCCCUCUAUCGGACUUCGGGGCUGGCGGUAGCACCGUGGCCGGACUGUCGCUGGCCGUUGUGGUCUCUCGCUACUGCUCUCCCGCUGUCGCUCUCUUUUGGGUUUGGGGGGCGGGGGUUGCAAGGAUCAAACGGUGCAAUGAUCCGCUCCUCGGCUUCCUAGGCGUUUUGGGAAUUGCUAUCCGCUGCCGCCGCAAGGAGAGACCCAGAGGAGAUCAACUCCGCAGUGUCCGAGCCGUGAACACUUCUGGAUCAGACCCACGAGGUGGCUUACAGUAA